AAAGAAAACAAAAGUAAAGUCUCGUUGACCAACACACUUUUCUGACCGAAGUUCCAAUAUUCUUUCUUCGAUCUUAAAAAUUCUUUUGGAAAGUUCAUAAAUUUGGUCGAUCCGGUGGGCAGAGAAGUAUAAGGGAAAAGCUUUCCGACACAAGUUUUGUUUUUAAAGUUAGUCGGCGAAUUCUAGAAACGAUGUUCAAUUUCUGGGGAUCAAAAGACCAACAAGGACAAUCUCGUCCUGCUGCGGAAGCUUCCUCUUCUUCGCAGCAGGCAUGGUACUCGCCAAGCUCAUCCCGGCCACAAACAUCAGGUCAGGUUUCACCAGGCGAGGCAGCUGGCAUUAUCGCCUUCUUGAAAGACAAAAGUGUGGACGAGCUCAGGAAGCUUCUCUCUGACAAAGAUGCGUACCAGCAAUUCCUGCUCUCUCUCGACCAAGUCAAAAUCCAGAACAACAUCAAAGAUGAGCUCCGCAGAGAAACGUUGCAACUAGCUCGGGAGAACUUAGAUAAGGAGCCACAGAUAAUGGAGCUCAGGAACCAAUGUAGAAUUAUCCGUACAACUGAGCUAGCAACUGCGCAAGAAAAGCUCAAUGACCUGGAAAGACAAAAAGAAGAAAUCCUCAAGUUCUACUCCCCUGGUUCUCUUCUUCAAAGACUUCAAGAGGCUAUGAAUCAAGCGGAUGAAGAAUCCGAAGCCCUCCAAGAGAAAUUCCUAGAGAAGGAGAUUGAUACCGCUGCAUUUGUUCAGAAAUACAAGAAGCUUCGUACUACCUAUCAUCGACGAGCUCUGAUUCAUCUUGCUGCUAAAACCUCAGCCAUCGGUUGAAACCAUAACAAGCUUUUGUACACUGAACUGAAAACACAAGCACAACCAAAAAAGUAUUCUGAAGGUUUAGAAGACAACCAAAUUCUUGGUUUCUAUCUUAUGACUCUUAUCUCAUGUGGUUGUAAAGAAAUGGUUUGACAGUGAAAAUCAAAAUUAUGCGUUUUCUUGAUAUAAAUAAAUAAAUAAAAGAAAACUA